AUGCUUAGUAGCGAACUAGAGGUGGCAGCGCCAGCAGAAUUUGUAUGGGCUGUUUUCUCUUCUAAGGAAGUUCCUAAACUUGUUCCGAAAUUGCUUCCAAAUGCAUUUGAGAAGGUAGAACUUCUUGAAGGUGAUGGUGGUCUUGGAACCGUUAUUGACAUCGUAUUUCCUCUAGGACAUGUGCCAUUGUCAUACAAAGAAAAGAUCGUGACAGUCAAUAACCAAGAACGUCUUAAAGAGACACAACAGAUCGAAGGAGGAUAUCUCGAUAUGGGUGUAACAUUUUUCAUCGAAAGUUUCCAGAUGAUAGAGAAAGAUGCCGACUCAUGCAUAAUCAAGUCCACCGUUAGAUAUGAAGUCCCUGAUGAUCUUGCUCCUAACCUUUCUCAUCUCAUUAGUGCUGAACAUCUUCUUACCAUGGCCAAGGUUGGAGCAAAAUAUGCUCUCAGUCUUAGGCAAUAA